AUGACAAGUUCACCACAUUCACAGCGCACUUCUUGGAUAAAGAUUUUCAAUAUGUGUCCAACAACACCUACUACAACAACAUCACCCGCUAAAGUCACACCUCAAAUAGAUUUAUCACCAGUGUCAUUUAAUCCAUUUUAUAGAUAUAGUAAAGAUCCACAACCAAUAGAGCUUAAUGUAGAUAUACUCAAGAAGCAAUUAAUGGAUUUCCACAAUUAUCAGUAUGUAACUGAAGAAGAAGAGAGACUAGGCAAAUAUUCUAAUCCUGCAAUUUUCUGGUCGCAAAAUAAUCACCUAUUUCCAUAUGUUGCUCAACUUGCUCGCAAAUAUAUGUGUGUUCCUGCUUCUUCUGUGCCUUCUGAAUCUGUAUUCUCUAAAGCUAAUUAUAUAUUUUCCGAAAGAAGACAAUCAAUGCUAAGUAGUACAUUAAGAGAUUGUGUCUUAUUGUAUUGCAACAAAUCUUUAUUUACAAAUGCCAACAACAAUAAUAACAACAAAUAA